UUUGACACAUAACGUAUUAUAUGUAAAAACAAUUUCAUGAUAUCCAUGCCUAUUUUGAUCAUGAAAUGAAACCCUAGACGUACCGUUGCGUUCUUCGGUUGUUCCCAUACGGCCAUUCGCAAUUCAGCAUCCAACUACGCUGCAACUAAGCACCGUCCCCUGUUCUCCACUCUUUUCCCUGCACGAGAGCAGUUGUCACUCGUCGUUGCCUGCACGAGCAGUCCUCAGUCGUCUGGCACGGUCCACUGCCGGUGUCCUCCGCAACUACGCGAUCCUUCCUGCGCGAUUCGCCAACGACAAAUUCUUUCGCAUCGUGCACCUGCACGACCACAAAGGGAGAUCACCAACGAGCAAGGUUUUACUCAGUUGCAAGUCGAGAGAUUUUAUUCAGUCGCAAAUCGAGAGAUCAGCAGAUCACCAACUAGUAAGGGUCACAACUUGAUCCAUAAGAUAACGCCAAUAUUUAAUUGCCAAUAUUGUUCAAUUCUAAGAUUGCUUAGAGAUGGAUGACUGGGAGGAUGAGCAAAUUCCACCUCUUCUCAAUAAGGAGCGACCUAGAAAUGGAUGGGAUGAUGAAGAUGUUGAUGAUGUGAAGGAAUCUUGGGAGGAUGAAGAUGAUCCUGCUCCGGUACCUGCUGCUGCCCCUUUGGCGGGAAAGACCUUAAAAAAACCAGUUACAAAGUCUAGUGAAAAGAAAGAUAAAGCAGUUGAAGUGUCAGAGGUAGUGCAGUUAGAUCCUGUAGCAGAGAAACUUCGUCAACAACGGCUUGUGGAGGAAGCUGAUUUUAAGUCCACUACCGAACUGUUUGGGAAGAGAGGUGAUGACAAGUCCCUUCAUAACUUCAUUCCCAAAUCUGAAAGUGACUUCUUAGAGUAUGCAGAGCUUAUUUCACAUCAGCUCCGCCCGUAUGAGAAAAGUUUCCAUUAUAUUGGAUUACUUAAGGCAGUAAUGAGACUGUCAAUUACUACUUUGAAAGCAGCAGAUGCAAAAGAUAUUGCUUCUUCCAUAACGACAAUCGCUAAUGAGAAGCUAAAGGCAGAGAAAGAAGCCAAUGCUGGUAAAAGGAAGACAGCAACAAAGAAGAAACAGCUCCACCUUGACAAGCCCGACGAUGAUUUGGCGGUCAGUGCGUAUGAUGAUGUUGAUGAUUAUGAUUUUAUGUGAGCAUUUCAGUGGUCCAGCAUUAUUUUUUUAAGCAUUAUAUACAUUUCCUCCAUGAAACUGAGCUGAUGGAUCCUUGUGGUGUUCCCUCUUUCCAUAUUUUGGAGCUUGAUUUGAGUGCUAAUAUUGCGGUUUGUUGGAUGCUUGCGCUUGUUUGUGAUGCUUAGCUAGCUAAUGCUGGCCUGGCCUCCCUGCGGUUGCUCAUUGUAGGUUUAGUAUUUAUAUUGUACAAUUAUGUUGCAGUGGUUUGGAUCGUUCCUUAUAAGAUCUCAUUUCACAAUUUUCAUAUUAAUAAUCAUUGAAAUUGUUUA